AUGAACAACUUAUCUUUGAACACCACCACCACCUCAAAUAUGACUACGUGUCGUUUUUGGCUCGAGGGAGCUUGUAAAAACGGAUCAAAGUGUCGCUUUGCACAUCAAUAUAUUAAAAACACAAUUACCUCAAACAGUAAUGACUCUUCUUCAUCAAAUAAAGUUAUUUGUCGAUAUUGGAAUUUAGGAUAUUGUAGACGCGGAAUUACAUGUCAUUUCUUGCAUCCUGGGUCAGAAAGGUGUAGUGCUCCUCCAAAAUCUCUUCCGGCUCCAUAUCCAAUAAAAUGGUUACAGAUCCCGAAUUAUUUACCGCAAACAAAGUUUAAUUUCAAUGUGAGCCAAUUUAACCUAAUCUCUAAACAAUUGUGUAAUACAAAAAAUGGGGAUGAAGCUAAAGAGGAUGGUGAAGCUUCGGAAGACGAAGAGUUUGAUCAAAAUUUCAAUGACUCAUUUAAUGGGGUGUUAGGAUUAGUCGAACACGAACAAGAUCACGAAGAACAUUCUUGUAACGAUUCAGAUCAAUCUGAUAAAGACAUAGAGAUCAAAGAGGAGGAAGAGGAUUCACUAGCGAAUGCAAGUGAAUCCGGUUCUGAUAUAUCGGAAUCAAGAGUUGAAGUUGACACCAAUUCUGAUAAUAAUGAUGAAUCAAUAGACGGAUACCAAGAAAGCAACGAGCUACUAGCAGAAGAUGAAUCACAGUCUCAUCCAAUAAUAAACGGAAGACUCGACAACACAGAUAAAGAACCAUACGAAAGAGUAAUCGAUGUAUCCGAAACCUCAUCAUCUGAUUCAGAAGAAUAUGAUCACUCAUUAUCUAAUCUUACAAUCACCGAGUCAGAAGUUUAUCAUCCGUUUGAUGCAUUUAAUGGGAGCCUCAAAAGUCUUAAGGUAGCAUCCAAAGUCGAAGAAAUGGAUGUAGAUGAAGAGACAGAAGGAGAACAAGAAAAUGAUACUUUAGAAAUUGAACUUGACGAUGAUCAAUUUGAAGAAUAUGAGUAA